AUGGCACCUUACGUAUAUUGUUUAUUACCUGGCAAAUCCGAAACAUUAUAUACUGGUAUGUUUGAAAAAAUAUUUCAACAGAUGAGCCAAAUGAAUUUACCAAUACGAUUACGUCGUGUCACAAUUGAUUUUGAAUUAGCUGUUGCGAAUGUAUUCCACAAAUAUUAUCCAUAUGUUGAAGUGAAAUAUUGUUUAUUCCAUUUCGGACAAAAUUUAUUUAGAAAAUUUCAGGAUUUAGGCUUACAGGCAGCGUAUAAAGAUGACGAACAGCUGCGUAUAUGGUUCAGAUCAUUUGCUGCUGUGGCAUUAUUACCACUUUCGGACAUGAUAUUUGGUUUUAAUUAUUUGAUACAAAACAAACCAAACUAUCCACAACUGACAUGUUUUGUACAGUAUUUUCAUCAAACAUAUGGCGCAUUUAGUACUUUUCCACCGCCCACGUACAAUCAUUUUAUGAAUUUCUCACCACGCACAACCAAUCAUGUGGAAGGUCGUCAUUUGAAAUGGAAAAAACGUAGUACAGCAGCUCACCCGAAUAUUUAUUGUACAAUUGAUUUACUGCGUCAAGAACAAUCACUUGGCGGAUUUAAUGCGCUUCGAGAUCAUAUGGGUGCACCACAGCCAAAACGACGUCGUGAUCAACAAAUAGCCGAGAAUUCUCUUCAAAAAUUAUGGCAACGAUAUUCGGAAGCAAAAACAGAUUUGGUUUCAUUCUUAAAUGCAGCAGGACUUAGAUAUUUUAAGUAUUUAGAACAAUAG